UUUUUAUGUGCCCAUGCGAGAUCUUCCUCUUCAACCUCCUCCUCUUUACUUGCAAGACACUUCUUUUUGUGGGUUGUUAAAUUGCUUUCAGCAUAGAAUUUGUGACCACACACUCAUGAGAAGGUAAGCUGCUCAAUGGUAAAGUAUCUCUCAACUAGUUUACUUACUCUAGAAAGUUUUCACAAAACAAAACUUAGAGAAGAAGUCAAAAUCUUAAACAAAGUUUUUUUUUCUGAUCAAAGUAUAUACCUUUGCGGUUUAGGAAGGAACGAGGUCUUCCUGAAAGUUAUCUUCAGAAGGAAUGUUAGACGCUUCUUCUAGCUACUUUGUCAUCACUAUCACUAGAAAGGAGAAAGUCAAAUUAAAGUCUUAAACAAGGGAGGAGAAGGUAAAAUGGUGUUUUUUAAUCAAUUAGGGAGAUAUAUGGGAACAAGAGGAUGAGGAGAAGAGUCAAGGCUGACAUGUGGUAUAUUCCACCCUUUCAUCAGUGACAUGAUCGCUUGAGUCCUCACCUGAAGGCGAAUGAAGAGAAAACAAUAUGCACAAUUAACACACAAGAAAAAAAAAGAAAAGAGAAUAGACGUUUAACAUGGUCGCAGGAUAAACAUACAUCUAAUUAACAUGGUGGAAGCCUCGCUGCAGAAAGAUUCGGCACAAAGAAUAAGAGCAAACAUUUAACUGAUAAUCUGAGAAUCAACAAACAACAAAAACCUAAGCAACAAAAUCUUUUGGUAAAAAACCUAUCUAAUUAAUGAAACCCUAGAAUUUGAUGAACAAACCAUUAGGGUUACCGAUGGAAACUAGAAUUUAAAAAACCUAUCUAAGUCGGUCAGUGGAACAAACCGUUGGUGUGACGAGAGGAUCACCUGCGGCAUUAGGGGUUUGGGACUUCGUAGUUAUUCACAUGGGCGGAUCUAUUAACAAGUUAAAGGUCAGCUGACACCACUAGAUUUUCUUAAUUUCUUCCUUAACUACAUAAAAGUUCAGUCAUUGACCCCUAUUAAUUGUGUCUUUGACUCCUUUCCAUAUUCGAUUACGCAUUUCUUAAAAGGACAUUUUUCUUAAUUUCAACUAAAUCAAAUAAUUAGUCUUUAAUAGUAUAUUUUAAUAUGUUUUUCACUUUCUUUUAACACUGACUAAAGUGGUCCUCGGAAGUUUUAUUAUAAGCAAGAGCGAUAUGAAGAUCAUCCCGACAUAGAGAAACACAAGUUUUAAUUUUGUAACCAAUACCGUAUACCUAGAAAAUAAAAAAUAUUAAUGCAUAUGAAAAUAAAUGAUAACACAUAGAACCAAUCUUAUUCAGUAUCAGUGAAUUUUUUGUGGCUUUUCUGCCGAUAAACUUAAAAUUAAUUUAGACAAAAAAAAAACUUAAAAUAAAUCAUAAUAUUAUGAGAAAAUAUAGAUUUAAAAUCUAUGCAUAAAUAUUGUUAUGUUUUUUCAUCUUAUAUACAUAUUGUUUUGUAUCGAUAUUUGUAUAUAAACUGGUCCCAGUAAAAUUUACUUCUGGAUCCGCAGCCACUGGUUAUUCACACCAGAGCCGUUUCUUGCAGACUGGUGACCAUUCUGGAAACAAUAGGAACGAAUAGAAAAAGAACGUAGAGGAAUAGAAUUGCAGGAAUGAAAAGGAAUGGUGGUUCCAUCUCAUAUUUAACAAGGAAUUAAUUUGUUCUUUAUUUCUCUACAAAAAAAAGGAAUGAUAGGGAAUGAGAAGGAAAAAUUAUUCCUUAUGAAUGGUAGUUUUUUUAAGGAAUGUUAGGGAAUGCAUUUGUUCCUCAGUAUUUUCCAUUGUUCGUACCGGCUCGAGAAUCCUUGGAAGAAGAUUUUGGAACCAAAUCUGACAUAUUCGAGAACAAUUGUGAUAUUUUGUCAUAUAUAUAAGAUUCACCUUGUGUUUCAAAGAGUAGUAGUAUUAUCUCAGAGAGAUGCACACAACAUUCAGAAUGAGAAAUGCAGUUUCUAUUUUAAAGAGGAAACAAGAAGAAGAAGAGUAUUUUAAAGAGGAAACAAGAAGAAGAAGAAGAGGAUUGUAUACAGAGAGAAGAAGAGAGGAAGGGAUGUCAAGCGAGGAAGCCAAGCCUCUCUCCAUUCUUCUUAGCAAACGUUAUUUUUUCUCAUGAAACAAGUGUCUAUAUUCCACUGCAGAUGAACAUUUCUAGAAUAAACUCAACUCUGCAGAGUUCGUAUGAAAUACAUUUAUAAACGUUAUUAGAAUUUCAUGCAGUUAGCUUAACUGAGCACAACAUGUAGAAGAGCAUAGUACAAGAUAUCAAACAGUCCUUGCUUAUUCAGAGCUCCAUAUUAAUAUUAUUAGUAUGCAUAUUAAAAACAGGAAUACAGGAAAACUAAACUCAAAAAUAGCAUUUCAAAUAGUUUCAUAAAGUUGCUCAUCUGAUCAGACAAGACAAUGGCACUAUUAGAAUCUCCAGCUAUGUCUUCUUUAACUAAAUGCUUGAAGAACGGAGCUUGCGGCUGAUUGUAACGGCUCUAGCAAUCUUAAUUUCUCCAAGCAUAUAGUUAAAGAAGACAUAGCUGGAUGUCUUUUUCCUUCCUUAAUUGACCAGCACCAUCUAGAUCUCAGAUAUGCUUACACUUCUUAACCAUCGAUUCCAUUUGGUCAACGUUGUUCACAGUCUUCCUCCUAAAACAAGAAAAGCCCAAAGGUGCUUCUAAGAGUCAAUCUUGAUCUUGCUGAGAGCAUUUAAGACAGCACAUUAUCCCGGUUUGAGAAAGACACAUUCAUUGAAAACAUCCUCAUCACUACGUACUCAUGUGUCCACAGAAUGAAGAAGAUGUUUAUUGAGAAUAUGAGAAAAAGAAAUGCAUAUAAGUCUCUGGUUGAUGAUUACUAAAAUCAAAGACUGGUCUGAGAUCAUCUGCUAUGAGAAAUACAUAUUCCUAUAGGGAAAGCUGCAACUCACUUUAAGAUUCUCCUCCCAAGAGUUUAAUAAAUAUUUCAGGCAAAAACGGAUCUAUAAACGUUGAAUUCUGAGAGCUAGGACCAGCGGGUGUAUCUAUCAACUUAGUGAUCUUUCUAUCCGUUUAAGCUCCUUGGCAACAUCAAUCAUCUUUGGUCUCUUCUCCACACUCCUCUCGCAGCAUCUGAACGUAAGAUUAACAAGCAUGUCAACCUGACACCUUUCAGCCUCCACAAUAUCUCUCACUCCAACCCGGUAAAUGGUCUCAGUAAACUCUCCUUUCUCUUGUAACCCUCCGAUAUAUCAGCGAAGCGUACAUCUGAUCUUGGAGCCAUAUCAUGUCUUCCAAUCAGAAGUACCAUCAUAAAGAUUCCAGAGCUAUAAACAUCAGCAUAGUCUGUAACAAUACUCGUAUGGAUAUAAGAAGGAUCUAAACAUUCAUGGGAGUUACGUUUAUGUGUACAAUGAGUCAAUGAUCCUAGGGAACUCUGUGUGUAUUAGUGUAUAUAAGUAACCGCGUUGGCGAUCUCAGUGCAAGUUAAACACAAGCUUCCACCUGCAAUCUUUGAGCACUUGUAAUGUCGUUCAUCAUCAUAAGAUCAAUUAAUACUUCCCAACCUCGUAUAAGCCUUUCACAUAUUCAAGAAUACCUACUGGAUAGCCAUCAGAUACGGUGAAAUAAACCGAUCAACCAGUGAGAAGAACCAUCAACAAGACUCCGAAGCUGUGCACAUGAGUAUACUCAGAUUCUGCUACUGGAGCUGUCCUUGUUUUUCAAAAUUUUCCACGAUAUCUGUUGUAUGCAAGAAUCUGAGUUUCCAUACUUCAAAAUGUAAAUAUUGGCUACUUAGCUGCAUAUAGUCCAAGAAAAAUGUACAAACUCAUUGCUGAUUGUAACGGUAAGUCCAUUCUUAUAAGACGCUUUUCUGCUGACCAGAUUAUUCAAGCAACCAACAAAUUCGAUAUAAGCUGUUUUGUCACCAACUUCGGGUUCCACAUGUGGUGGUACAAAGGAAUCAUCGAAGAGAGACCUUACAUAAUCAAGAGAUUCUCAGAGGAGACAGUUCCAGACUACGGAACUAAAGAGAUUUACAGUGACAUAUUGUCUUGUCUGCUCGGAUGAGCAACCGCACAGCAACUUUCUCAAGUUAUUAGGAUGCUGUCUCGAGUGAUUAAUCCAUUGAUGUGUACAACAGCUCUGGGGUCCUUUUGAUGGUUCUUCUCACCGCGAGACCAGCUCUUCUCCUCAACAGGAUCUGAUGGGGAAUACAAAGGUAUUAUUGGCUAUGUGAAAUGAAUAUAUGAGAACGGGAAGCUAGAUGAAGUGAAAAAUCCAUUGGUGUUUACAAAUAAUGCAAAUGGUCAAGGAGUGCAGGUGGAAGCGUGUGUUGUAAAAAAUCAAGUUUAAUGGUGCACUAAGAAUUAAGUUACUUCCACAAUCAAAAAAAAGUUUUAUUUUUGGUUCUGAUGAUUAGUUUAUGUAUAUAAACAUUUGUAUAAAAACUUUGACUUAUUGAUUUUUGAACUUGCAUUAUACUGCCAAUGUAAGUUUUGUUAUCAGCUAUAACAUUUGUGAUCUCCUUCCCCAUCUUCAAAUUUUAUACAGUUCCAAGGCAAUGGACUACUAAAAUUGUCAACCAGUUGAAAAGUCUUUCCUCUGCAUACUCACAAAACAUUAUAACCUUGUAGGCCAUCUUCUAUGACCAAAAAACAUUAAUGAUGGUCCUACAGAUAACCAGAACCAACUCAAGUUGACUUGACUUGCUUUUGGCUUCUCUCUUUCCUUCUUUCUCUCUAGUGUCCCUUCCUUCACAAGAAGAUCUUUCUGGGUUAAAUUAUGUUGUGUUUGUCAAGUAGGAAGAAGGAGAAGAAGAAACAAAAGGAGAUCAAUCUCCAGAAGAACGGGAGCUUAUUUCUGGAGGAACUCAUAGCAUCUUCAGGAGGUAAAUACAAUCCUAUCCGUACGUUUUCUUCCCGCCAAAUCAUUCAAGCUACAGACAACUUCAACAUGAGCAACGCAAUCUGUGUAGACAGAUUCGUGUGGUACAAAGGUACGAUAGAAAACAGAACCGUGCUGAUCAAGAAGUACAAUGAAGAAAGCAUAAUGAUGAUCGCUGACAAUAUAUACCGUGACAUAGCAGUCUCAUCGAUGAUGAGUAGCCAAAAGAAUGUUCUCAAGCUAUUAGGGUGUUGUCUAGAGUUUCCUAGCCCGGUUCUCGUGUGUGAAUACCCGGAAAACGGUGCUCUCACUGGUAAGUAUGCAGGGGAAGGCAUCAAGCCAUUGUCAUGGAAUAUGAGAUUGAAGAUAGCCCGUGAGAUUGCAGAUGCUGUGACGUAUCUUCAUACUCAGUUCCCUAGGAUUAUAAUCCAUAGGGACUUAAAGCUUAAUAAUAUAUUCCUGGACGAGAACUGGACUGCUAAUCUCACUUCUUUCAGCCUCAGCAUACCCAUUCCAAAGGGAGAGUCAGGUGUAGAGGACAUGGUUGUAGGGACAACGCCACAUGUCGAACCCGAAUAUACGGCAACAGGUUUUGUCACUGAGAAUGUUGAUGUUUAUAGCCUUGGAUCCAUGAUGCUCAGUCUUUUGACAGGAAAGUCUUGGUUCAAUCAUCAUCCGGAUGAAGAUGACAGUUAUAAGCUACUACAUGAUUAUGUUGAGGAGUGUCUCAGGCAAGGAAUGUUCACCAAAUUGAUAGACCCAUCGAUGGGUGACAACGUUCCUGACCAUUCAAGAGUGCAAAUGGAAGCAUUCGUUGAACUUGCUUUGAGAUGUAUUGGCUUAAGACCAGGAGAAGACAAGCCUCGCAUGAUAGAUGUUGCAAAGGAACUCAAGCAUAUAGAGAAACAUACCUGAAGCUGCGAACUUCUCUGGUGAGACUCAAAAACACUCUUUAUCUAUCUAUUAUGCAGUACUAGUAGUGAAUGUUGAUGUCUUUCAAACUCUCUUUCAUUAUAAUAUGUUAUAUGUAAGAACCUGAGUUUUCAUGCAUAAUGAUAUUACAAGCAUUAAUAUG